UGUCGUGAAAGUGCGCCCACUUAAUUAGGCGUGCCGCAGUCUAUCUGUAUGACCUUAUAGCCUACCUGUGGACGGGGGUGUUUGGUACGAGCAACUUGGAUCUUUCCUCUUCAUUUUCCCUCGCCUUUUUGUACAGGCGGACUGUGUGUCUCUACUCCGUUUUUUUGUGAUAAGAGCUCGGGGAACUGGCAGAUAGUCCUACCGUGAGCAAGAGAUGGGGAACACGGUAACGAGGGAUGACUUCGAGUGGGUAUAUACGGAGCAACCGCACUGUAGUCGGAGGAAGCAGAUAUUAGCCAAGCACCCGGAGAUCAAGUCCUUGAUGGGCCCUGACCCCCAGCUCAAGUGGGUGGUGACAGCCAUGGUCCUAACCCAGGUGCUCUGCUGCUUCCUGGUACGCGACCUCAGCUGGAAGUGGCUCAUCUUCUGGGCCUACAUGUUCGGCGGUUGCAUCAACCACUCCCUCACGCUCGCCAUCCACGACAUCUCGCACAAUGUGGCCUUUGGAAAUAAGGAUGCCAUGUGCAACCGCCUCUUUGGCAUCUUCGCCAACCUACCAAUUGGCGUGCCAUACUCCAUCAGCUUCAAGAAGUACCAUGUGGACCAUCACCGUUACCUGGGUGGCCAUGGACUCGACGUGGAUGUCCCGACCCACCUGGAGGCUUGUCUCUUCAGCUCCCCCGCACGCAAGAUCCUGUGGCUCUUCCUGCAGCCGCUAUUCUACGCGUUUCGUCCCCUGGUGGUCAACCCUAAACCUGUAGGCAGGCUCGAGCUGUUGAAUUUAAUGGUGCAGCUAGCAUUCAAUGCUUUCAUAGUGUACCUCUGGGGGCUUAAGCCUCUGGUCUACCUGAUAGCAGGUUCGCUGUUGUGUAUGGGACUGCACCCGAUCUCGGGGCAUUUUAUCGCCGAACACUAUAUGUACCUGAGCGGGAUCGAGACGUACUCGUACUACGGGCCGCUGAACUAUAUCACCUUUAAUGUGGGAUACCACAUGGAGCACCAUGACUUUCCCAGCAUCCCCGGCAGCCGGCUCCCUCAGGUGAAACAGAUGGCUCCAGAGUUCUAUGAUGAUUUACCACAGCAUGACUCAUGGACACGGGUGCUCUGGGACUUUGUGUUUUGUGAUUCGCUUGGACCUUACUCCAGAAUUAAACGCACCUUCCCAUUGGCUAAGCAAGACUAAGAGCCCAUGCUCUUGAUCUUCUGACCAAUGAUCUUCCACAAAAGUGGCUUGACAACCCAGCUGGCAGGGAGUGAAAGGCUUCUCAUUUCUUGUCCAGAUCUUUUACUCUGCAGACGACUGAUGUGCUGGUGUCACAUUCAACUCACCAGCAUGAGAAGACUCUGAACACUUUUGAAUGUUAUGUUACCUUAGAUGUACUGUAAACUAUAAUAUCCAGAUGUAUUGUAGAAUAAAAGGUACUCAGCUGA